CACCAUGGCCACGAAAAACAUCUUUUCCAAGCAUCUGCCAAACGUGAAGCUGGCAACACGCUUCGAUGCGGAUGGUAAUGAAAUUCAGGUUGAAAAACGAGAAGAUGAAGAGCAGAAACGAAAGGAACAGGACAUUAUUGACACACUGGUCGGUGCCGGAUACUAUCGGGCCCACAUACAGGGUCUCUCGUCCUUCGACAAGAUUGUGGGCGGUAUGACCUGGUGCAUCGAAGCCUGCGACUAUGACGUCAACGUGGAUCUUUUGUUCCACGAGAAUCUUACCAUUGGCCAGAAGAUUGCUUUGACGGAGAAAAUUGUUGGCGUGUUGCCGCGUAUGAAGUGUCCUUUCCUGAUUGAACCGCAUCAAAUUCAAGGGUUAGAUUUCAUUAACAUUUUCCCCGUUGUACAAUGGCUGGUCAAACGUUCGGUAGAAAAUCGAAGUAAAAAAGCGGACACAUUGCGCAAGCUAGCAGCGACACAGUUCCAGAACCAUUUCACCCUUGAAUCCGACCGGGAGUUGCAGCGUUUGCGCGUAAAACAGUUGAACAAUCUGCAGGCAAUCGAGUCGAAGUAUCUUCCCAAGCGACAGUUUAAGCUACGCAAAGCGGCCGGUGGAGGAUGGAUUCCGGUGCGUCCCAAGGAUGCUGCGGCAGGUCAGGAAGUGUCUGACGGUGCCCGUGCGUUGGACGAUGGAACGGAGACAGGCUUGGAGGACGAGGACGAAGAUGAAGAUCCAUCAGUGAGGUAUACUGCGGAAAGUGAGCUUAAUUUUGAUGUAUUAUUUAAAAGUUUCGCAAAAGAGCACAACAUUCCCGUCAACCUAACGGAUGCAGAUCAUUCAAAGAUGACGAAAAAAUACGAUGAUAUCAAACAGAAGCUAUCGAUCGAUGGGACCGAGAACAUAUCAGACCGCAAUCGUAUUAAAUCCCAACUUGCGCUAAAGCUAGCACUAGAAAAAAAGCUUGAACUCGCGGUAAACGAACGCGACCAGCUACGGGCAACGGUGCUAGUCGAAGAACAGCAACUACAGGAGGCUAGCGAUCGUAAAGAAACCCUCGAGGAGGAGAUUAGAAAUCUCGACAAUCUAGAAAUUACGGAAGAUAAUCAAAAGAUACUUGACCACGUCAAAGAGCUACUUUUGAAGAACGAGCGCAUGAAGAAACAGGAGACACAGUUUAAGGAAAAUUGCAAGAAGGAGUUGGCAGAAUUGCAGCAGAAAAUCGAGAAAGCGGAAACAUCAACCCCGGAUGAGGAUAUGGUGGAGCUUCAAAGGCAGUUGGACAUGGAGUUAGAACGUUUGAAAUCGCUUCGUUUGCAGCUAGCAAAGAAAAACCGUUCGUAUGUGGCUAUCAAACGUCAACUGGACACCGUCCCUGAUCGUACGGAACUGGCUCAAUAUCAGAGAAGAUUCCUGGAACUAUACAAUCAAGUAAGUGCAAAGCACCGUGAGACGAAGCAAUUUUACACUCUGUACAACACGCUGGACGACACAAAGCUGUACCUGGAGAAGGAAAUGUCGUUGCUGAACUCCAUCUACGACAACUACGCCAAUGCCAUGCAGAAUCCGCAUUCGCGCGAACAGUUUGUCCAGCAGUUCGAAACCAUUGUCGAUGGAAUCCGUGCUACGAAGUCAAAAUUGAAGAAAAAGUGUGACGACGAGAAGGCUAAACGUGACGGGUUGAACGCACAACUACUCUGUUUGAUGGAACAGCAGCGUAAGUAUGCUGCCACAGUGAAGCAACUUACGAUGGAAUGCCAACGGAACGAGGCACUUAUGCAGCAUCUUAAAGGGUUAAAGACAUUAUCCCAUGCGUCUGCUCAGCAGCAGCAGCCGCAGCAUUAG